AUGGCUACUGAGAGCUCCGUCCUUGUUCAGAAGGCAGAGGAAGGCUCACAAGCAAGCUCACACGUGGAACCUGCGAGCUCACACGUGGAAGCUGGGGCCGUGGCAGACGAGGCGCAAGUCAACUGCGCCAAGUGCAAGUCUGAAGUUCCGAAGGCGGACUGCAUUGAAAGGCCUCGUAACCGCGAGAGCUUUCGCUGGUGCUGUAAGGCGUGUCACGCCCUGUCAGUCCAGUUUCAACGAAAGGGUCUUUCCCUCCAGACACUGUUGAGUGAAGACUCGCUGGUCGAGUUUUUCAGCGCAGCGUCUGAGGAACGCCGUCAAGCUACGGAGAACAGACUGAGUUUUGCUUCAGCGCGUGCUUUGCUGAAACAAAGCAUGGUUACUGAAACCAAGCGUGUCCAGCAGGAUGGCCGCGGAGGCGCGUACCAGCCCUUGGCAUGGUACGAGCUCCGUGGCUAUGACGUAGAUGCCAUUAAGGCAAGUGCGCCCUGUGAGAAGCACGCCAUUUUGGGCGACACCUACUUGGUUCAGCUGCACCACACCAGUGACGACACCUACUACACAGAGCCGAAAGAAGUGAAGAGCAAGGGCAAGCGAGGGCUGACAGACGAAGAGAGGGAAGCUGCCAAGCGUCAGCGCUUGGAAGCGAAGAAACAUGAAGCUGAGCGCAAGGUCGCUACUAGCGCUGCCGUCAAGCUGCUGCCCGCCUUGAAGUCGGCGCAGGCGAAGCUCGCAGAGAAGAUCCACAAGCUGGGCACUGCUGCGGACGGCUUGCCGGAGGCAACUAAGGAGCAAGUGGAGAAGGCCCAGGGUGCUUUGGAGCAGAACAUCCUUGCCGCGACCAAGCUGUUGGACUGCGCCGCAAAGGGCAAGGCGGUUGACGCAACUGGUCUUCCGUUCACUAAGGACAAGGACCUGCAAGGCGUGGUCAAAGACGCCAACGCAGCCUUGCGCGCAGUGUCCGAGUAUGUGCGCGCGCAGAAGCAGCAGAAGGAGAACAUGAACCCAAACGGAUGCGCAGUUGAUAUCGCUCUCGAACCGUGGGACAUGGCGAUUGCGGAAUCCGUGCUUUCGAUGGCGUCCAUCGCCAGCCUAGCUAAUGCUAGCCUGCGGGCCAGCAAGUCCGAAGAGCAGCUUCGUGACCUAGCACACGGACCGGUUGAAUUGCUGCGGGAAAAUUUGCUACAAGUCGUUGUUCAGGAUGGCCAUGAACAAUUGGCGCAGACUGUUCGCGCCAUUACAGACAUGUUGCUGUUGUUGAAAGGUCUUCUCUUGGCCUGGGAUUGCUCCAUGUGUCCUGAAGCAAUAUUGGAGCUACCCCUACCGAAAUUUCCAAAGCACUAUCCCAACCGUGCGCGGAUCCCUGCCAGAGACAUUGACAUGUCCCCUGCCUCAUCGUCCGCGGCGCCGCGGUAUGACGCGGCCAUGGCACGCUUCAGCCAGCAAAGCAUUUGGACCUUGCAGCGGUUGCUGCAAGGAAAAGAGGCGUCGACAAAACCAAGCGGCGCAAUGAAGCGCAAGUUCUCGCAAGAGAUGGAGCCAGCUCUGCGGUGUUAUCAUCUGAUUUCAGCUCCAAACUUGGAGCCGGCUUCGCAAGACAUCCAAUUUGCAGUGGCGCAAAUUGGAGAACUUCUGCGCUAUGUAUCGCGGGUAGUUCCUUCCUUCUCCGAUUUUCUGCGGAGGUCGGGGAAAAUCAUAUUGUCGCACGACGAGACCACUGCUGGAAACGUAUUGAAUACCGAUGCGAGCCAAAAGGUGGUGCUCUUCUAUGCGACUUUCUGCGAAUUGCAGUAUAUGCACGAAAGUCCUCGUGCUUGGCUUCCAAUAGCUGCCAUCACUCACCGGCAAGUCAGCCAGGUGACUGGUGGCCUGAGUAAGAUCCAUUCGUUGUUUCUGGAAGACUGGUAUCGACAAACGCAAGAAGCGUUGACAUUGUUGCCGGGCGUCAAGAUCGCGUUGACGAUCCAUUGCCUGGUCUCCGAUCUUGACGCACAGCGUUUGGCUUUGUGCGCAAAAGGCAGCGCUGGCCUGAAACCAUGCGCGUUCUGCCAAAACGUGCUCAGUAGAUCCGCAAAAGAGACGGCAGCGAACAGUGACAACUUUGUCACGGUGCACGAGCACGACCUGCUGAAAUGCCAGCGACUCACUCAGUCGGAAAUUGAAGACUACAUGGCGCGGGCACUGCGCACAUGGCACAGUGCGACGAAGGCCGAAAGGGAUCUGCGUGAGCGGUGCCUGGGCUACAAUAUUGGCGUCGGCGGGAUGUGGGAAUCCGCUAUCGCCAAACGGGUGUUGCCGCUGCAUCGUUUUGUGAACGACAGCAUGCACUGCUAUUUCGCGAACGGCUGUUGCUCUGCGGAGAUUGUGCUGCUGCUCGCCGAAGUGAAGAAGCACACGGGCACUGACGUCGCAACCAUUCAACAAGUUGUGCUGGAUGCACAAUGGCUGCGAGCAGGCCAACAACACCGCAAUGGCGAAAACAAGCACUGGACGAAGCGCUUGUUCACAGAAUGUUUUUUUUCCGGAAACCUCUACAAAGGAGGAGCCAAACAAACCCGAGCCCUGACGUUUCUGCUGCGGUGGUUAGCCGAAAGUGUGUGGCUAUCAGUUCCCGCAUUGGAGCCCUACGCACGGUGUUUUCUCUUGCUGUGCAAGUGCGUCGACUGCAUCCGGCGUGUGGCCCAAUCCAAAAAUUAUGAAACACUCUAUCGGUUGCAGUCAGAGCAUCAAAAACUUUUUGUCGCGCUGUAUCGCGACAGUACAAGACCGAAACACCACGCAAGGUUGCACCUGAGCGAACAGUACUCCCGCUUGGAUUGCCAACGCAACUGCUGGGGUACAGAGUCAAAGCAUCGAGACUACAAGGGAGUCUUUGCGCCGACAGUCUGUCAUUUCUUGACAGAACAAAUCGGUGGCAGCCAUUUCAGCAAGCAGCUUAUGCCGCGCCUGCUGAUGCGCCACUGCGAAUUGCUGCGCGAGAACCCAAUUGCACAAUUGGGAUUUGAGCUCCGCAACCCCUUCAGCCAGCAAGAAAUCGAGACAGAAACAGACCUUGAGGGUUGCCGUGUAUCCGCCCAAUGCAGCAUUGGAAUGCUGGAACUCGCAGAAAAUGAUAUCCUCUUAUGGGGUUCCAAUUUGGCAACCGCAGCCAAGUGCCAUUUCUUCGUCGAAAAGGAAAGCAAACUGUUCCUUUACGCGACGGAAGGAAUACUAAUCAAAACUACCGCAGCACAGAGAAAUUUUCAGUUCAGAGGGCCAAAGAUAAUGAAAUUGUGGUCCGAACUGCACGCGCCAACAAUUCCAACGUGGAUCCGAAACGGCCCAGAAGAUUUCGUUCACUGCUUGAUCUGA